GAUGCGUAAAAUAUAACAAAGCAAGUAGGAGAAAGAAAGAAACCAUUUUUCCCCUUCGACCAAAAAAGCCAUUUUCCCUUAUCCAACAUACGAGGUUGGCACUCUGCUGCUCUCUGAUUUUCAAUCCUGACAUGUCAGCUUCUUGGCACACACUCAGCAGCCUCACUGCUCUUUCGUUAACCUCAAAACACCGCCGUCUAUUACCAUCGUCGUCAUCAUCAUCACCAGCAUCAGCCGCAGUAUCUCAGUCGCUCACAGUCGCCCACUCCUCGCUCACCGGAUUCCAAGAACUGUCCACGGAGCCUAAACAAAUUGAAGCUAUAAACUUGAAAGAUGCCCGCAAGAAUCAGAAGCAGAACGACGUCGUCCCAGAUAACCAAGAAGAAGAAGAAGAAGAAGAAGAAGAAGAAGAAGAGCAUGGAAUUUCUAAAAUCCCAGUGCCCAGGCAGAAGUACAUCCCUGUUUCCAAGGCUGAGCUGCUGGACGGCGUCGUUUCGACUGUGUUCCAAGACAAAAAUGGCGAUGAAGAUGAUGCUCUCCAAUACUUUCUUCUUCUCUCUUCGUGCUUGGACUCUAUUCUUCAUGCUGAACACAAAAGCAUCUUGGAAGCAAUGCGAGCCGAUUAUUUUGAUUCCAACUCCAUGGAACACAAGCAAACAGUUAAGGAGGUUGAUGAACAAGUUGUGAAUAAUGGGCAGGGCUCAGAUUCUGCUAGGAGUGGCAUUAAUGGAGUUGAGAGUACGGAGGCAGAUGGGAAUGAAAAAGUUGAAGCUGACAAGCAAAUGCCAUUCGAUUAUGUUCUGGGGUUGAAAAAACUCUUGGGUUCUUCGGCUAAGAACGUCAAGAGAGUUGCUGUUUCCGCUCGUUUCCAGCAUUCUUUCAUGCAACUUCUUUAUGAUGCUCAGUUUGAAGAACUAUCAGAAAGGGAUUUAAUGCUGACAUCUGCAUUGAACACUGAUUAUCUCCUUACUUUGCCCGUAUAUGUUGACUGGAAGAGGGCAUCUGAGUCCAAUGCAAUAAUAUUCAGGCGAGGAUAUGCAACAGAGAGGCAGAAGGGCCUACUACUUGUGGAAAAACUGGAUUACAUACAGUCCAAACUUCUACAAGGAGCCUUCUUCAUCGUAUCAAAACCAUUGGGGAGAUUUGGGAGCUGGAUAACUGAGGCAUUCAAAGUUGCUUGUCAAACUCCAGAAGUACAAGAUUUGACUAAAAGAAUGCAACUUUGGCUUAAGGAGCUGUCUGUUUUUCAGCAAGCAUUUCGUUAUAAUGAACAAACUUCUGAUGAUCGUCUGAGAGUAGAGCAACCAUCAGAUAGGGACCUCCCAAUAUGGUUGGCAGCACAGAGAGCAGUAUCUCGUUAUGAAGGGCUUUUAUCUACAGUUGGACCCCGUGGAAGGCUCUUAAAGAAGUUGCUUUCAUGGAUUGGACUUAUUUCCCCUACACCAGAAACACCGUUUGAGUUGGAUGGUGAUACUAAUGCUUCUGACCCUUAUGCAAGGCCCAUUUUCUUAUCAAGGAUAUCACUUAGUGACAUAUGGAGACCUGCUACAAGGAAAUACUGUGGAAAUGACAUUUGGAAAAUGCUAAAAACUUCCGUUUCUAUUCUUUUCUCACAGUCAAUCCUCCAGGAGGCAGCAUUUCAAGAAUUGAUUCUGCUUUAUACCAAAGAAGUAGAUGACAGCAAUACUGACGAUAAUGCUGACGUUCCAUCGCUGCAGUUAAAGAUUUACGAGAGAAUUCCUAUUCCGGAUCUACCAGUUAUCUUUCCCCACAAAAAGCUAUCUUUCCGUAUCAUAGACACGGUACGCUUGGACAUCGCCUCAAUAUUAGGGCUUUCAGCAUACUUCAUAAACUACAAAUUUGAGAAUGUCUUAUAUUCCCCGUCAGCAAUAUUUCUUGAUGUGGUUGCAAUCAGCGCUCUCAUAAUUUAUGUGUCCCGUGUGGUUUUGGGAUACAAACAGACGUGGGAUAGGUAUCAACUUUUGGUCAACAGGACGCUUUAUGAGAAAACCUUGGCAAGUGGAUUUGGCUCAGUUCAUUUUAUUCUCGAUGCUUCUGAACAGCAGCAAUACAAGGAAGCCAUUUUGGCCUAUGCAAUCCUUCUCAAAACAAAGAAGGGGAAGCUAACAUGUCGCCAGAGUGUUGGAGAUGACUGCGAAAGAUUUAUGUAUGAUGUGUUUAAAGUAAAGGUUGAAAUGCCAGUUGACAAGGCAAUUACUACAUUAUUAAGGCUGGGCCUAGCUACAGAAACUCCUAUUGAUGGAAGGAUUAGUUUGCAGGCUAUUUCCUGUUCCGAGGCAUACGAGUCGCUAAAAGAACGCUGGAAUAGUUUGCUUGGUUAAGAUUUUUUAUUGCUCAUUUCAAGGUCCCGUCACCAUACAAACGUCUCUACUACAAACCAAUCUCAUGGACAAAUUUAUUAGAAAAUAGGUCAUGUAAUUGUAUAGGUUAUAUUAUAUCAAAAGGUGUAAAAUGUCUUUUUCCUUAAACCCCCUCAAUAGUCACCGUCAGUACAUCAGCUUUGCACAUCAUUUGCUGUUUGAAGGUAGAAACAGGGCAGGUUGUUAGGAGAAAGCCAGAACCUAAGAGAACAGAAGCAAAUCCAUUCAAGAGGACAGUGCAAUGCCAAAGUGCUGCGUAACCAGAAUAUAUACAACAGUACGGUCCAUGGCAAUGCCUAUAACCUGCUUUGAUUCACACUUGAUUCCAAGCUAGAUCCAAUGCUGAGACAAGAAGCUUGAAUUUUGUACAUUUGUUAAUUGAUAAAUAUUAGAGAGACAUAAGUGUAAAUGAGCCCAUACUUUAUGGUUGAUACAAAUACCUUGAACUCA